AUGUUCAAGCUGUGUAACUUUUACGACUGCUGACGCCAUAAUGGAGAACAGACAACAGGAGGAGCAACAAACAGGACGCACUGAGACGAGCGGCGAUGACUGAAAGACAACGGCUAAUCUACGAAUGAUAUUUGGCACAGACACAGCCCGGAUAGGCCCUUCUGAUACUAAACGACACUUCCUUCAGUUUUAUCUCUGUGUAUUGAGAGAAUGGAGUCCAGGGAUCUCACAAAACUCAUCUUUGUUGUUCUUUGGGUCAAAUGUUUCGUGAGCUGUGCAGAGGAUCCACACCUGACCCGAGCGCUCCAGCUGAUGUCCGAGACGCCGCUGAUCGACGGACAUAACGACCUGCCCUGGCAAAUGAGGUUACGUUUUAACAACCAACUCAGCAAAGUGGAUCUAAACACAUACAACGGGACACACACCAACAUCCCAAAAAUCAAGGAAGGACGACUAGGAGCACAAUUCUGGUCUGCUUAUGUCCCCUGUGCCAGUCAGUACAAAGACGCGGUGAGGCAGACGUUUGAGCAGAUCGAUGUAGUUCACAGGAUGUGUCAGAAAUAUCCUAAUGUUUUUAUGUUUGCCUCCAGCAGCCAAGACAUAUUGGACGCGUUCGAGCAGAAUAAAACAGCCAGCCUGAUCGGGGUGGAGGGCGGUCACUCCAUCGACAGCAGCCUGGGCACCCUCCGCACCAUGUACCAGCUGGGAGUGCGCUACCUCACCCUCACGCACUCCUGCAACACACCCUGGGCAGAUAAUUGGCUUGAGGACACAAGUUCAGAGCCAUCUCAACACAAUGGUUUGUCACCAUUCGGCAAGCAAGUCAUAACUGAGAUGAAUCGUCUCGGGAUGCUGAUCGACCUGGCCCAUGUGACCGUCAAAGUGAUGGAGCAGGUUUUGGAGAUGUCCCAGGCCCCGGUGAUCUUCAGCCACUCAUCGGCUUAUUCCAUCUGUAACCACAAGAGGAACGUCCCGGACCACAUCCUCACUAAAGUGAAAGAAAAGAAGGGGAUUGUGAUGGUGAACUUUUACAACGAUUAUGUCACCUGCAGUAAAACGGCAAAUAUCUCAGACGUCGCCGAUCACUUUGACCACAUAAAAAAAGUGGGUGGUCCUGAGAUCGUUGGCUUUGGUGGAGACUAUGAUGGAGUUACAAGGCUGCCUCAGGGUCUGGAGGACGUGUCCAAAGUUCCAAACGUCGUGGCCGAGCUGCUGAGACGAGGCUGGACAGAUGAAGACGUGAAGGCGGCGCUGGGAGGAAACCUGCUCCGAGUGAUGAAGAAAACCGAGGAGAUUCGGGACAGUUUACGCAGCAGGGAGCCCGACGACGCCCCUAUCCCGUACGAGCAGGUGGAAAAUCCCUGUCGGACGAGCUACGGGUACGACGUUCCCAACCGGGCCCCUGUGCACCUGCUCAGCGCCGUCACUGUCCUGCUCCCCGUGGCUUUCCUCGCACUAUCACACGAAUAACACACUGUAGUAGCAGAAGUAGUAGUACUCCUUUACAUUUAACACAUUUGCUGAAGUAUUUUUUAUACAUUUUGAUUGUUCAGACGUCGUACUCACAGACAGCUGCUCUUACAUUUACUCCAAAUAUUUUUUUUAAAUCUUAUUUGUGCAGUUUCUCAGUCCACGUUUUUUGUUUUUUAAGAUCCUUGAGUAAAUCUUUAACGACUUUACUCCACUCUGGUUCAUAGUAAUACAAAAAAAUACUUCUGUUGGGAUAAAUAAACAUCUGUACAUGACAAACACGAACUGGGAAAUUCAUUUAAACGCU